UUCGCAAAAUCAGUAACGUGUCAACAUUCCCCGUUGACACGUUACACGCUUUUGUCGGUCUAUUACGUCCCCGUCUAGUCUGUUCUAGUCGUGCGGUAACCGGUCGUGUGUGUUAACCGGUUUUCGUCCGGUGGCUCCGUUUAUCUCUCGUCAUCAUCCUCUCUUCACGUACGAUACCACACACGUCGCCACCCCCACGUGGAAGGAUGCCUCGAAAAACGAAUCGGUCGUAGGUGCGUAAACUCGAAGAGGACGCAAGGCUUUGGGUUUUUUCUUCCGACGGUGCGAAUCAUGAUACAUAAUUGGGCGUUGACUUCCACCGGAAACGGAGAGAAACAAAUUUGGCAGAAGGGCAGAAGACAAGACGGGAGGAUCGGCGAACAAUUGAGGAAGCAAAGGACGAAAUGGCAUCGUUUGUUGCUUAUCGUUGAAUCGCGCGGAUGCGCGCCGUCGUCGUCGUCGUCGUUGUCACGACUCGUCGCUUUAAAACCCAACGGAAAACUAACGUAGAACAACGGCCGGAUCUAUCACCAUCUAUCUGUUAGCUGUCCGUUUGAUUAUACUCGACACACAGCAAGACGUAACAAGUGUUACGUGUGAUUUUAAAUCAAGAAGAGGAGAACCUCCCGACGGGAAGAUCCCGAAGUUUAAAUUGCGGCAACAAUAUUUUCUUGUCGCCUCGGUCCCCCGAUUGAUUUUGGAGGUCAAAUUUUAUUAUAGAAGCGUGCGCGCACGCGGCAGACGCGAGCGAUAAGUCUUUGGCGGAAACAGAAGCGUCCUUCGUCUGACCUUUUUGAUCUCUAAAAAAAAAAAAGAAAAAGAAAACACAAGCAGAGGACGGACUUUUGUCCUUGCGACUCCUGUUUAAGAAUUUGAGGUCAGGGUUCUUUUGAAGAGACAAAAACCGCGCGACUUGUGCGAGACAUUUAUCCUUCGUGCAAAAAAAAAAGAAACAAACAAACAGUGCAAUUCUACGUGCGAGUACUCGUGUGAUAUCACCGCGCGAACGACGAUGGCUCUUCCCUUCGAAAUCUCGUGUGCAAUCUAAUCAAGGAGAAGGGGAUGGAGCAAUAAUCGAAGUUCGACUGCGCGAAAUCGUAAAUACAAAUAUAUAAUACGAAUAUAUUACACACACACACGUGGAAAGAUGGACUCCUGCUUCCCGAAUUUGGCGAUGCUGAAUCCGCGGCACGCGAAUAAAUCGAGAGAUCUGCGACUCGGCGACGGACGGAACGACAACGCCGAGGACGCGUUGACGCGAUCGAGGACCUCGACGCAUCCGUCAAAGAGCGACGUUUUUCAGGAUCUGGAUCUGUACUACGUGCGACAGAUCGCACGCAAUUCGAAGGAGCACGAUCUCGAGCAAAAGAUCGAGGUGGAAAUCAAGAUGAGAGAAGGCUCCACGAGACUUUUGGCUGCCGCAAAGCAUCGCGCUCAAAGUCUGGAAGCCGCUAAAGCGUUGCUCACGUCGAACGAGAGGAUGUCGGUUUACAUGGCGGAGUUACAGACUCGUCGUCGCGAAUCCGUCAAAAAGCCAUGUCCUGGAAGCACGGGCAGACUGUCGAUUUCGGAUCUUAGAAUACCGCUAAUGUGGAGAGAUUCUGAUCACUUCAAAAAUCGCGGCGACUAUCGUCGGUUUGCGGUGUUUUGCUUAGCGCGACUUGGCACGGAAAUCCACGACACCUCUUUGCUGUGUCCGAUCGACAGAUCUCACACAGAUAUCAGUUUUCCCGACGUUUUGGUAUUUAACAACGUGUCUCCUGAAUUUGAAUUAGUCCUGGAAAUUUAUAGUCACGUUUUGCAAGAAGAUUUCAGCAUUGCCAGCACACCAAGAAGAAUCAAAAAGACAAUUCACUCGUCAAUCUCGAAAACAGUUGGCAAAAAACUUGCCGCAUCACUUCGGGACGAGUUUGGUUCGACGAAAUCUGGACCACACUUUGAUUUAGUAGCUCGUGCAAAACUGACUCUAGAUGACACGGACGAUAAUAUUCACACACACGAUCUCGUUAUCAACAACAUUGAAAAUAAAUAUCAUUCCCUGCCGCUUUUCGGUCACUUUUGUUGUCGAUUGGCAGCACAGCCGGAAAGUAUCAGUAAAGAAAUUUGCAUCGGCAGUGUGAAUAUAAACGGUCAGGAUUAUUGGGCACGUCUACAGGGGUUCUGUAUAAAGGCUUGGGAAUCAAAAAAGCAUGCGGAAGAAGAGCAAAAUCCAGAACACGUCAUACCAGUUAAUAAAGGAACGUCCGUACAAUUGUUCAAAUCUUCCGCCAAACAACUUUUGAUAAAUAAUUCCGGCAAUAAUAUGGAGAAAGUAUUGUCGAUUAAAUUUGAGUCGAAAGACGAAGCCCAAAAAUGGUUGAAGUUUUUGUCGUCGCACAUCAACGAUCAUUCAAGAUGGAAGCACGCGGCGGAAGUUAUUCAACGUGUGUCCAGCAUUGAAAGUACAAGAAAUUCUUUUAUCAGCAAUAAAAGACAGGGCUCGCUAUAUGACGAGACUCCUUUAAUCGAAUCAAUCCCAUCGGAUUACUCAUCCACGAGACCUCCUGUACAAACAAUUUUUGAUCUCACGCCUAGUACUAGCUUAAGCAGUUGUAGUUCCACAAAUAGUCUAACAAGUUUGCGUUCGCGUUCGCGAAGCAUCAGCGGUGCGUUUAAACAAAGUGCCAUUACUCUAAAACCCCAUUUACCUUCGACUAAUAAAAGAAACGCGUAACAAAUUCGAUAUUUUUUUUUUCUGAACAAUUUCGUUAUUCUACAAAGCAGUCUUCUAAAAUGUUUCGCAUUAUUCCGUAUCAGGAUUUUAAAUCUGUGAAGAGGAAAAACGCAUAUUAGUCAGUAUUGAAUAUAUUUCCUGACUUAGUACGCACUUUAGAUGAACUCUUUAGUCAGAAAUAAUAUGCAUAUUGAUAUAUAUUUUUUGAUUGAUAUAAAUCUAUGUAUAAAAGUUUUCUUCAGCCUUCAAUAGAAAUACAUAAUA